AUGGCCUCCUUCGUGGAAGAGCUGUGGUCCAGCGUCUUCACGCCGGGCCCCACCCCAACACUCCUGCUCGCGACGAACGUGACCUUCGCCGCCCUCCAGUUCGUCUUCUUUGCCCUCCUCCUCGCAACAUACAGCCUGCACUUCGUCGCGCUGUCCAUCAUCAGCGCCGGCCUGUGGUACUCCAUCAACUGGUUCGCGCACGAGGUCCGUCUCGCGCAGGCGGCCCAGGACGCCGAGAAGAGGGCCGAGGCAGACGCCGCCGACGGCAGGAAGAAGGAAUCCGGGCACGACAGCGCCGACUCCAACGCCGACAGCGAGACAGAGACCGAGUCGAUCGCUCGGGGCAAGACGGAACGCUUGGCCACGGCCACGGACAUGGGCAAGGCGUCUGCGAGACUGCAGCCCCCGGAGCUGGGCUCUCGCAAGCGCACCAGCACCGGCGGCGACAGCUCGGGCUACGGAAGUACUGACAGUGAGUGGGAGAAGGUGGACGGCAAUAAGGCGUGA